AUGCCAGUACCACAAUAUCAAGGUGUCGCUGGACAUCAGCAAAUAUCAUGUUGGCAAAAAAUGAAAAUGGGCCUACUUAUGGGGGUAUUCAUUGGUUGUGCAUCGGGUGCUAUUAUCGGAACUGCGAGUGCAUUCAGUAUGGGUUUCCGAGGACGUGCGAUGAUGGCGCAGGUUGGUCGGUAUUCUACAAAAAUGGGUGGUUCAUUUGCGGUGUUUAUGAUGAUUGCACAAGGAUUACGCUGUUGA